AUGGCGAGUGAUGUGGGAAUCCCUCCAAAAGCAUCUCAUGAUCUUAUGGUGAGACAAGUAGGUGAGAGAGAGAAUUUAGGUUUUAUUCCUGAAGAUUACAAAAACUACUUGCGAUCCAAAAGAACAAGAAUUAUGAGAGUUGGUGAUACAGGAGGUGUAUUGGAGUUUUUGCAGAAAAUGCAGUUUGAUGAUCCCAAUUUUUUUUAUGCUAUUCAAGUUGAUGAAGAUGAUUUGAUAACUAACAUUUUUUGGUGUGAUGCUAAGAUGAGAGCUGAUUAUGGAAAUUUUGGAGAUGUUGUUUGCUUUGACACAACCUACAGGAAGAAUAAUGAAGGUCGGCCAAUUGCAUUGUUCGUAGGUGUUAAUCAUCAUAAGCAAUCCAUAAUUUUUGGUGCAGCUUUAUUAUAUGAUGAAACAUCUUUGACGUUCGAAUGGUUGUUUGAUACAUUUACCAAGGCUAUGUAUGAGAAAAAACCAAUAACUAUUCUUACAGAUCAAGAUGCAGCAAUGGCAAAGGCUUUAGCUUCCAGAUGGCCUAAAACACAUCAUCGUUUGUGUAUUUGGCACAUUUAUCAAAAUGCUGCAAUACAUUUGAGUAGAGUUUUUUCUCAGUUCAAAGAGUUUACUAAAGAUUUUGCCUCAUGUAUUUAUGAUUUUGAUGAAGAGGAAGAUUUUAUUUCAGCUUGGAACAUAAUGUUGACUAAGUAUUCACUUGAAGACAAUGAUUGGUUGAAACGUCUAUUUCGCAUAAAGGAAAAAUGGGCUUUAGUUUAUGGGCGACAAACGUUUUGUGCGGAUAUGACUACAACCCAAAGAAGUGAGAGCAUGAAUAGUAUUGUGAAAAGAUAUGUCACUUAUCAACACAAGUUUUUAGACUUUUUCAAUCACUUCCAAAGACUGCUUGAUGAUCGUCGAUAUGAGGAGUUAAAAGCUGAUUUUAAAUCAAAUACAAGUGUUCCAUGUUUAUUGUUUCCAAUUCAAAUUUUAAAGCAUGCAAGUUGUAUUUAUACUCCUGAGGUAUACAAGUUUUUUGAACAAGAGUGGUACAAAUCUCAUGAUUCUAGUGUAGAAAUUUGUGAAGAUGUUGGGUCACAUACAAAAUAUAAAGUUACUUCUUACAAAAAGAGUUACCAUCAUAUAGUUACACUUGAUUCAUCGGGUCAAAAAAUUGAGUGUAGCUGUAGAAAAUAUGAUUUUGCUGGAAUUCUUUGUUCUCAUAUUUUGAAAAUAUUUGCAAUGAAAAAUAUCAUGAAGAUCCCAAGUGAGUAUAUAUUGAAAAGGUGGACACGAAAAGCAAAAGAUGGAUACAUUGGAGUUAUUGAUUUAAUUGCAAACAAAAGUAGUUUGGAUCCAAAAGCUUGCACCAAUUUGCGAUAUAAAGAAUUAAGUGGGUUGUAUGUUCAAUUGGUAACCAAGGCAGCGGAGAGGGAAGACACUUACAAGGUUGUUAAAGAUGGUUUGUUGAGUAUGUUUAAGAUGGUGGAUGAGAGGUUACAAGUUAAUGAACCAACUGCUCAAGACUCAAUUGAAAAAGAGUUCGAAAUUGGUGAAGGAAAUUCUCUUGGAGUCAAAGGAAUUAAAACAAAGAAGAAAACAGUUUCAGGUAAGAGGUUGAAAGGUGGCUUAGAUAAGAUUUCAAAGAAAAGGAAAGCAGCAAGAAGAACCAACCAAACUUCAACAGUUGUUAAGGAUGUAGAAGAGCAUUAUGAAAGUAUAUCGAGCAUGCCAAGUCCUACAAAUUAUAGCUGUGUUGAAGGUUUGAGUAUGGCCGAAACUCAAUUUCCACCACUUUUAUCAACACAACUGUCUCAAGUUCACUCUGAUAAUGAUUAUUUUCAGGCAAGUAAUCGGGAAGGAUGGUGCUUCAAUGGUGUGGACGUUACUACAAUGGAAUGCACAUUAACUAAAGAACACCACAAAGAGUGA